AAGAACCAGAGCCAAACCAAACUUGACUUGACUUUGUGUUUCUAUCGUCUCUCUUUCUUUCCAUUAUUUCUUGCACAAGACUGAUCUUUAACCUCAACUUCUGAAUUCAAAGAUGUUCUGUUCGUCAAGGAGGAAACAGAAGAAACAACAGAAGAUCAAUUUCCAGAAGCAUGGGAGCUUAUUGUUGGAGGAACUCAUUGCAUCGUCAGGAGGUAAGUACAAUCCCAUCCGUACGUUUUCUUCCCACCAAAUCCUUCAAGCGACAAACAACUUCGACUGGAGCUAUGAAAUCUCUCAAGACAUAUUCGUGUGGUACAAAGGUACAAUUGAAAACAGAGCCGUACUGAUCAAGUACUAUAAAUAUGAACUCUUUCCCCCUUACAAUUCCUACCGUGAUAUAGCAGUCUCAUCGAUGAUGAGCAGCCAUAAAAACGUUCUCAAGCUUAUAGGGUGUUGUCUAGAGUUUCCUCGUCCGGUUCUCGUGUGUGAAUACCCAGAAAUGGGAGCUCUUACCUAUCGAGGAGGUGCGGGCAUGGAAAUCAAGCCUUUGCCUUGGAAUGUAAGAUUGAAGAUCGCUAAGGAGAUUGCAGUUGCUGUAACUUAUCUUCAUACUGAAUUCCCUAGGACUAUAAUCCAUAGGGAUUUAAAGCUUGAAAAUGUUUUCAUGGACAAGAAUUGGACUGCUAAGCUCUCUUCUUUCGGCCUCAGCAUAUCGAUUCCGGAGGGAGAAUCGGGCGUACAAGACAUGGUUUGCGGAACAACAGUCUUUGUGGAGAAACAGUAUGCAGGAACAGGCUUUGUCACUGAGAAUGUUGACAUCUACAACUUUGGAUUCAUCAUGCUAGGUCUUUUGACAGGAAAGCGUAGAUUGCAUGAAGUACCGACUAAUGGUGACAGUUAUAAACGGAUUAUGUUGCCUGAUUAUGUUGGGGAGAUUCUUGAGCGAGGUCCGUUCACUGAACUGAUAGACCCUUCGAUGUUGAAUAGCACAACACACAAUAUUCCUGAUCAUUUAAGGCUGCAGAUGGAAGCAUUCCUUGAACUUGCUUUGAAAUGUAUUAGUUUCAGACCAGGGGAAAACGUGCCUCGCAUGAUAGAAGUUGCAAAAGAGCUCAAGAAGAUAGAAGAAAACCAUACAUGAAGCGUACUCUUCUGGACCUUCUGGUGAGACUCAUAACAGAAAUAUAUCUAUCUAUUGUGUUUGUGUAGUCGGUAAUGGAAAAAUUGUUAUCAUCACCUUGUUUUCGAGUCUUCUUUCACGUAAUAUGCUGUAUGCAAGGAUUGUUUACAUAGCUACAUACAUAUAUAUAUAUAAGCAAAAUGAAAAGCUCCCAUUUUCAGUCA